GAAAAGUGUAUAUGACUUUAUGACUUAAAAUAAGAGAAACAUAAACAAAUUUAUUUGACAUUAAGGAUUAAAGACAUUUUGAAGAAGAACGCUCUAAAGAAACAUGAGCUUAUAUGAUUGAAUCAUGGUAUACAGUUUUGUUAUUUUGGCAGUAUUUUAGCCAUGAAUCUGGCAGCACCUGCUAUGUACCAGAAUUUUUUAUUACUUACCUUUAUUUUAAUAAAGUGGCAUCUUUUAGUUUGUCCGCCAUCAUUUGAUAGAAAUAGGAAGGCAAGCAGUGUGUGGCAAAAUCUUUCAAUUUUGUAAAAAUGUUUGCGUGAAAAUACAAUUGAAUUCAGAAAUUUUUUAACAACACUGUACUGAACGGAUUUUGAAUUGAAUUACAUAGGAACCAACGGUGUUUAUAAAAUUCCAUCUACAAUAUUGAAGUAAUAAGUUUAACAAAUUAUUCCAAACAUUAUGUCGUAUCCAUCUCGCGCACCUAUACCACCUUAUAUGAAUCCGACUAUACCACCUCCUCAUAUGAUGCCUCCUAUACCAUCAGCAAGGAAUUAUAGAAGCUCUGCUACUAUCAGCUCCCAGCCCACAGUUUACCAACGUAUACCUGAUCCGGUUCCCCAGUUUCGUGGACCAAUUAUUACGGUGUUCGUGGGAAAUAUAAGUGAACGAGUGCCUGAAGCGUUAAUCAAAAGAAUAUUGGCAGCUUGUGGCGUAGUGGUGAAUUGGAAACGAGUUUCCACUUUUGGUUUUUGUGAAUAUGACGGACCUAACGCGGGUAUGCGAGCUGUGCGCCUUUUAAGUGAACUUGAAUUAGAUGGAAAGAAACUUGUGGCUAAAGUUGAUGCGAAAAAUAAACUUCUUUUAGACAAUUACAAGGAAGAAGAACUGAAAAAUGGAAUCAAUGUUUCUGCCGUAGAUGAGAAAUCGGAAGAUGAUUAUGUUCUUAGUCAAAUGAGAAAAAUUCUUGAUGAUCAUAAACAUGAAUUCGAUGAAUUUGAUUCGAAUUCUCGUGGUGACGUAUUCGGAGGAAGAAUAAAUAAAUCUAAAAUGGCUCGGGCGGAAGAUAAAAUAACCAAGGUUCUUAACGAAACUAAUCUAGAAGAGGAAAAGAGAAAUUUGAUCAGUAGCGAAAUCGGAAAAUUCAGAAAAAGAGCAGAAGCCGAUGAACACAGAAAAGAAAAGGAAAAGGAAAAAAUGAGAGAAAAGGAGAAAGAUAAGGAUAGAGAAUAUGAAAAAGAAAGAGAAAAGGAACGAAAACCUUCUGAAGUAAUAAAAGACGAUAUAAGUGAAGAAGAUUGGGAUGCUGGGGAAAAAAAGGUCCCAAUUGAUAAAGUCGAAAGAGUGACAAGUCGAAAGGACCGUCACUCCAGCAGCAUGUCGCCCAACAGAAAGGAAAAGGAACGAGAAAGCAAAAGAAGAAGAAGUAAAUCUCGUUCGCGAGAAAGAGAACGUGACCGAGAAUACAGGGAACGCGAAAGAGAGCGAGAAAGGGAGCGGGAACGUGAACGGGAGCGUGAAAAAGAACGCGAAAGGGAACGUGAACGUGAAAGAGAAAGGGAAAAGGAGCGUGAAAGGGAACGAGAAAGAGAACGUGAACGAGAACGAGAAAGGGAACGAGAAGAAAAAAUUGUAAAAAAUAUUAAAGAUCUACACAGAGAGAAAGAAGUUGAGGAAGAACUACGAGAACGUAAGAAAGCUGAAAAAAAAGCUAGAGAAAAGGAAGAAGCUUAUCAAGAAAGACUAAAAAACUGGGAGUUAAGAGAAAAACGAAAGGCAAAAGAGUACGAAAAGAUUCGGAUCAAGGAUAAAAUAAAACUAGAAGAGCGUGAGAAGGAAGCCAAAAGACUUAAAGAAUUUGUGGAAGACUAUGAUGACGAAAGAGAUGAUCAUAAAUAUUAUAAAGGUCGAGAACUCCAGAGAAGGUUAGGAGAUCGCGUUCGAGAAGCAGAUCUUGAUGCGAAGGAUCGCAAUAAAGAACAGGAAGAAUUGGAAGAAUUGCGAAAUAAAAUAUUCAGUGGAGAAUAUGAAAAUCCUUCACAAGAAUAUGAGAGGGCAAAGAAAGAGCACGAAAAAUUGUAUAAACCUCAAAUAUUGAUCGAUGUAAAUUUGGAAAAUAUACAACGGAAAGAGCGUGAGAAGGAGCGAAUUAGAGAAAAACUGCAAUCAAUUGAGAGUAAACGCCUCUUACUUGAUGUUAAUUCAAAUGAUGAUGGAGAAUUAAAUGCUCUAGCAAAAUCAUAUUCAGUAGAGUCAAUUUCAAACGAUGAUGCGGAGUCUCGGGCAGAUUCUACGUCGAAUAUAGAAACCAACUACAGUCGCCAUGGUUCUGAGUCACGGGAUUUUGUACCUGUCGUGAAUACUCAGGCAACCAGCUCUACACCAUCUAGUACUUUACAGAGUGUAAGCAAUUCCAGACCUCAGAACACAGAUGCUACUACGCCGCCCACACAAGCAACCGUUAUUAGUCUUAACUUAGGUGCGAACUCAAAAAAAAAAAAAAUUGAGGCGACAGGAGUUUUUAACGCUGACGAGGAUAUAGACGAUGAAAAUAACUCAAAGAGACGAAAAUUGGUUCCAUUAGAUUAUGAUGACAAUCAAUCAAGAAGUGGAGGAAGUACAUCACAGACAGACCGUCAAAAUUCAAAUGUUGGAAAAUCUAAUUCGAAAAAACAUGGUAAGAAUGAUACUGCCAGUCAAGAAACAGUGAAUAACAAAAAGGAGGAAAAUAAUACUAGGAUACAUGAUGAAAAACGGCGUCACAUAAAGAGCAUUAUUGACAGGAUUCCUACACAAAAGGAGGAUUUGUUUAAUUAUAAACUCGAUCGUAACGAAAUCGACAACAACCUUAUGGAACGAAAAAUUCGACCAUGGAUAAAUAAAAAGAUUAUUGAAUAUAUUGGGGAGCCCGAACCGACUCUUGUGGAUUUUAUAUGCUCUAAGGUGCUUGCUGGAAGUUCCCCCCAAAGCAUUUUGGAUGAUGUUCAAAUGGUCCUAGACGAAGAAGCAGAAGUAUUCGUUGUUAAAAUGUGGAGAUUGCUAAUUUAUGAAGUAGAUGCAAAAAAAAUUGGGAUAGUUAAACGGAAUUUUAAUUACCAGAUUCCUUUAUUACUUCCUGAUACAAAUGAACCAUAACUUUUGCACUCCCAACAACGAAAGGAGGUUACUGAAAUACCUAGUGAUGGUACAUAUCGGUAAUAUUUAUACUCAAACUACCAAAUUCAUUUCGAUCUUUACAACUUACACCAGAGAUGUUAACCCAGAAGUUAUCUUAGCUUUACCUGACUUAAGUUGCCAGUGAAGUCCGUGUCAGUAUUAUCGUGUAGAACUUGUGGGAAUCUAUCAACAAUGCUCAGAGAACAACAUAUAGAAAAUUGUAAACAUAUAACAUUGCUCAAUAUUUAGUAUAUACUCCAUAUGUACAUAGUAGAUAUUAUUAAUUACUUAGCGAAGUCAUUCAGUACCAAAAGAUACGAAGAUGUAUUAGUUACCUGUUACAUUGUACACAUCUAUCUUCAUACACCGUUCCCACGGCAGUCGGGUCUACAUAACCGGAACCGACCCGGAUCCAAUUAUAUUAAAAUCAUCUCAAUCGAAGAGGCUAAAUUUAAUAUAUUGCGUUGAUGUAGAAAACGUCUGCCAAAGGAUCGGAAGUCCUAAUAUCAGAAAUUUAAGGGUUGGACAAACGUCUACACCAAUUUAAUUCAAA